CAAACUAUGGUUGAACCCAUGUGGAGCGUAAAGUAACUGUACAUUCUUUCGGAUAUUUUUUGUUCUAUUUCGCUGGAUGCUAGUCCCCACAACAUAAUGUAAGGGGAUGUCAACGUUGUAUAGAACUUAUUUCCCUACGCCAUGGGCUGCGUAAGCAGCAAGUUGGUGCCGGAGACCCCUCCGAAUACCCAUCUAGUGGAAACUGUUUAUGGGCCGGAAGCGAAGAAUCGCACUGGAACUAGAAAUGGUAAUCAAAACAUCAAACAGACACAGCCGAAGGGGCACCAGAAUUCGAAGCAAAACAACGCUGGGGGUGACGGCAGCGGCGCCCCUAGAACGAACAAGAAGGUGAAGAAAUACAGGGAUAAAUUCGACCCGAGGGUGACGGCCAAGUAUGACAUCAAGGCGCUCAUAGGACGGGGAAGUUUCAGCCGAGUUGUGCGAGUGGAACACAGGGUUACGAAAAACCCGUACGCCAUAAAGAUGAUAGAUCGGAUCAAAGGUAAAGAAGUUUUCGAGGCGGAGCUCAAUGUCCUGAGACGGGUUCGGCAUCAGUACAUAAUACAGCUAGUGGAGGUGUUCGAGACGGCCGAUAAAGUCUACAUGGUCAUGGAACUGGCCACGGGCGGCGAACUCUUCGACCGGAUAAUCGCCAAGGGCAGUUUCACGGAGAGGGACGCCACCAGGGUGCUGCACAUGGUUCUAGAGGGGGUGCAGUACCUGCACGAACUAGGCAUCACUCACAGAGACCUUAAACCAGAGAAUCUAUUGUACUAUCACCCCGGACACGAUUCCAAGAUAAUGAUAACCGACUUCGGUCUGAGUGCUAUGCGGAAGGGACCGGAGAAUUACAUGAGGACUACAUGUGGGACCCCGGAGUACAUUGCUCCCGAAGUCCUGGCCCGCAAGCCCUACACUUGUCUAGUUGACAUGUGGGCAGUUGGUGUUGUUACCUAUAUUCUUCUCAGUGGAACUAUGCCAUUUGAUGACGAAAAUAGAUCACGGCUGUACAGACUCAUCCUCAAAGCUAAAUACAGUUAUGCAGGAGAGCACUGGAAGGAUGUGUCUGUGCUAGCCAAAGACUUCAUAGACAAGACUCUGCUUCUCGACCCGAAUGAGCGGAAGACGGCUGUCGAGUGUCUGAAACACCCGUGGAUCGUCACCCACGCCGCUGCCUCCAGCAGCAAGAACCUGCACCGUACCAUUAGCCGCAACCUGCUACAGCGGCAGAGUGCCCGUGCCAACAGCUCGAAGAGCUCCAAGUCGACGCGGUCCAACAAGAGCAACCGGUCAGCACGGUCACUGCGCUCGGACCACCGGCGCGUCCAGCCUGAGGAGAUCGACGAGCUGCAUCAGGACCCCGAGGUGCAGGCCGACAUCGCAUCCAUUGGCAGUUACCAUAGCAACUACAGUCACAUCAGUCAGUACGCAUAGCGGGAGGAAAGGGUUGUUUUUCUUCUCAAAUUAUUAUUGUUGGGACUUUUUGUCUCAAGUUGAAAAGUAUCACAUUAACUGUUGAGGGCUGUGAAGAAAGUAUUAUGAAAUGAACAAACCUCAUUGCAUCCAUUGGCAGUUGCCAUAAUAAUUACAAUCACAUUAGUUGGUACGCAUAGCUGUGAUCCUUUCUGCAACAGAUCUUGUAAGAUAAUCACAUUGGAUGACUGUAUGGUUAAUUCUCAGAGUAUCAAUUGAUAAAAUUGUGUAAGAAACAAAACUGAACAUUUAUAAAUAAUUUUUUAGUUAUUUAUUUUGCUUGGUUAGAUUUUUUGACAGUCAUAGUUAUCUUUUUAACAUGUAUUCACUGAUUAUUAUUGAUACAUGUAAACAAUCAGACAAAAACUAACAUUGUAACAAACAAGUUAUUGAAAUAAUUUCUCCUUUUUUUCCCUCUUUUUUUCUCUUUUACUUUAACAAAUCUUUUGGCUGUUGAUAAUAUUAAUACGUUGGUAUUAUAAUUGAUUACUUCUGUUGCAGUCUGUAGAAUACUGACUAAUGUAUUAAAGGCCAAUAACCCUCUAAAGACAUUGUAUUCCAUCUUUGAUUGAAAUUUAGUUUCUUGCUUGGAAUAUUAAUUUCUGUAUUUCCAGUGGGUAGUUCUAAUGUCUACAGAAACUCAAGUUGGUGUCUUCGUGUGACUGUUUGGCAUGCAUUCGAAUUUUCAUGGUAUCAAACUUUUGUAAGUAUAGAUACCUCUUGGAAAUACAUUCCAGGACAAAACAUUUCAUGCAAACCAUUGUUUUGUUUGCAUGUCAUUUAUUAAACGUUUAAAUUCACGCAAACCACAUGUUGGUUUUGUUGUGAACCAUUACACAUUAUGAAAGUUGUGGUAACUGAUUGGUUUAUAUACAAAUGCAAUUCACGUAACCGAAGAACUAGUUGCCAAGGUAAAAACAACAAACAUGUCAACCGACUUCUGGUUACCUGAAAUGUUAAAAUACUGGCUUUUGUAUUCUAGUAGUGACAUUCCAAUGCUUCAACUGAUCAAUGUUAACAAGCAUUUAAUGGUCUCCAGUUUAGAUUUGAAAAUCUGGGAUUAUUGAAUUCCAGUUGAGAUUGUAAGUAAUAAAUUUCCAUCUAGUUCAAGAAAUUGCUAUUCCCAGCAAGAAUUCUGAGUUUCAGGCAGAAAUACUGUACAUUGUUGUAAGAGGAUAAAAUGCCAUUAAAGACGCAACUACUUGUAUAUGUCAGUUCUGUGAAUCUCAAAAAUCAUUAGCUGCAGCUGUUUGAUGUGAAUUUAAGAUGUUGUUUUUUCGGCAGGGACCACUAUAGCAGGAUCUAAUUUGACUGUGUGAGAAAUACAUGUGUUUAAGAGAUGCUUCUUUUGAUGACUGAAACUGAUGGUACUUAAAAUGGUGACAAAAGAAAGAAGAAGCAAGAAGCACAGAUAAAGUACACGUAAUAGAUAAUAAACAGCAUAUAAGCAUACAAAGGAUGUGUAAACACAGAAAGAAUGAAGUAAGUACACAAAAAAGAGUCAAAAAGUACACAAGAAGCAUAAAAAAAGACCACAAAGAAAAUGCACAAGAAGCAUUCAGAAUGUACACAAGAAGCAUUCAGAGUACACAAGAAGCAUACAGAAAGUACACGAUAAAUGUACACAAAAGAAUACAAAAUGCACAAAAGGAUAGAUUUCGAUGUUACAUUUCUUACCACAUGGGUUCACCCUGACACUGUAUAUGACUGUGCCAACAAUAACUAUCCAAUAAGGGGGAAUUUCCGCCAAGCAAACAUGAUAGCAGAUGUGAACAAAUGGCUUUUACUGAUAUUCUUUGGUCCCAUUUCCAUGAUUCAGACAUAUAGACGAUGUAGCUGUCCCCUGCUAGUUACCAUUACAUUCAAUAUUCUUAUAUAAAAGGACAAUGUAAAAAGAAACUGCUGUUGGUGAAAAGAGUUGUUCACUGUUCGCAAAUCGCUUGGUGGAAAAACUCGCUAAGACUGUGCCACAUUGCUGGUCAUGUGAACAGACUAUUAUUUGUAAAGUCUAACAUGACUGGUCGGAUGAAAGGAACCUGGUGAUUGGUCAGAAUGAUUGGUUGAUUUCUAAACAAUCCUGAUAAUUGGUCACAAUGGGGACAUUUGUAAUUUCGAGAUGAAAGAUUUGUUUAAUAAUGCUACUGCAUUUGAAUCAACCACAAGAAAACAGGAAACAGUCAAUUAAUUGGUUGUUAUGACAACCUGUUACUGUAAUGUGAUAGUUGUUUUGUGAUAAUGGCAAUGUUUGAGAGAAGGGCUUCUCGUGCCCAUAUUUUUCUUUUUUGUUGGCAUGAAAGGGGCUUUUCUUAAAAUGAAAACAACUAUUCAGGUUAUUUUAGGGCAAACAUUUACUGUAUGCACUGGAAGUACAUGUGUUACGUUUCUGUUCAAACCAACAUGGUUUUUUUGCUGUGGCAGAUCAGGAGGGCUAGAUAACAGGUGCUUUCAAAAUGUAUAAAAUGCCAUUUUGAAAAGGUAGAAAAUCAAAACCAUAUCUUGUUGAAAAAGGAUAUUACUACAUACACACAGGGUGCUGUUCACCAAUUACAUAACACUCUAGGGGAGGGGGUGGCCUUGAAUAUAUUACAAAAAUAUAUGGUUUAGGAAAGGAGGUACUUGUUAAGAAUUACAUAAUAUUUUCAAAAUGUCUGUUUUCUUAGUAAAGUAAAUAAUGCUGUCAUGGCCAGUUUGUUGGAUUACGGAUUUUUUUUUUUUACAAUAUGGUAUAUAUAUACCAAAGAAACAAAAUGAAAAUUCCAAUGGAAAACCUAAUAAUAUUGGUAAUAGUGGUGAAUGGGUUAGAGCAAGAGUGGUCUUAGCAUUAUGAAACAUAUAGGGGAGCAGGCAUGGCUGAAACAAGUAGACAUUUGGGGGGGGGGGGGGAGGGGGCUGACUGAGAUUAAGGGCCCAAAGCAACGAUUCUAGGGGUUUCGGGUGUAGGUUUACCCAUAAAAGUUUGAAAACUAGAUGUCCUGAAAUGCAAUUUCCUGUAUUCUACAAGUACACUUCAUCUCUGCCUUAAGAUUUACUACCAAUAAUAUUUUUGAUUCAGAAGUAUUGGGGAGGGGUUACAAAAGGUCAGAUUUUACAUUAGGUAUUUGUUGAACGAUCUCUAUCUUCCACCAUAGCUGAGUUGACAUAAGCUUUGCCCCUCUCCUCCACAAUAGUCGUAAGGACCAACAUAUUUUGUGAUAAAACUGCAUAUUCUGCUGUCACCACUAGAAGAUUUACCAAAUUCAGGUGAAAUGAAUGGAUACAGGUAGAUGAAUUCUUCAGCUCUGACAAAGGGGCGAAUGUUUUUCAAAUUGAGAGAUUUAUAUAAAUUCAUAUUGUGGCAAUAGAUUUUUAUUCUGGUAACAAAAGCUUGAUAUUCUAUUUUUUUAAUUUGGUUCAUUUGUUAAUUAUUAUUUGACAGUAGGGAAAUUGCUAGAUGAAGAAUUUGAUAAUGGUUUAAAAUGCUAGAUGAAGAAACUGUUAUGAUAAACAUAAUCUGACAAACAUCCGAAUAAUGUUAUAUUUACCGCUACAUUCGCCUGUAUCAAAAAGUCUAUAAAUUAUGUAUGAAGAUCAAUGUAUACUUAAUGGUCAGUUAUAUACUCCCAAGUAACAUUUAGAAAGUAAGCAUACCUCCAAGGUUAAAGAACGCCUGUCCUGGGUACGUUUCAUUCUUACUGCAUUAGAAAUCCACCUGUUACAAUUGUGUAUUACUACAAAUUAUAAAGUUGACAUUUAAAACUUAAAUGAUAUCCUCACCCCUUUUUAAGGUCAGAUUUACCAAUUUGUUUUCUGCCCUGUGAUCUGGUGGGGUGAUUGUUUUGGGGUUUUUUUUCGUAACUACUUGUAUGUAGAAUCAAGCGUGAUUACAAUUUUUAUUAUGUACAUAUUUUGUGUCAGUGUAUUGUACAUAAGUAUGUGUUCUUACAUAUUGUACAAAAUAAUGUUCUUACAUAUUGUACAGAAAUAAGUGUUUUCAUAUUGUACAAGGGUAUCUGUUCUUACAUUGUACAGAAUUUUGCAUUCUUGUUAAGUUGUACAGAUGUGUUCACAUUGUGUACAAAUGUGUGUUCACACUUUGUACAGAUACACAAGUUCACGUUGUGCACAUUGUGUACCAUUGUAUGGAUACUUCCAUUCACACGGUGUACAAUUGUACGUUUGUAUUGUUGCAUACGUCAUCCAUCUGUUAAAGACAAAAAUGUAUGACAAUCAUAAUUCUCUCAAACAGAAAAUUGAAGCAAAUCUAAAAAUGUCAGUAGUAUUGUGAUGCUGGAGUCGGUGUUAAAAAUUGAACCUGGAAAUCAAAAGAGAACAAAAUCCACCUGUUACAGUUUUCAGCAUCUUUACCAAACCCUAGCAACAAUUGUCUACACAUUUACCAAACCCUAGCAACAAUUGUCUACACAUUUACCAACCCCUAGCAACAAUUGUCUACACAUUUACCAAACCUAGCAACAAUUGUCUACACAUUUACCAUCCCCUAGCAACAAUUGUCUACACAUUUACCAACUCCUAGCAACAAUUGUCUACACAUUUACCAAACCCUAGCAACAAUUGUCUACACAUUUACCAAACCCUAGCAACGGUUGUCUACAUAUUUACCAACCCCAAUCAACAGUUGUCUACAUAUUUACCAACCCCAAUCAACAAUUGUCUACAUAUUUACCAAACCCAAUCAACAAUUGUCUACAUAUUUAUCAACCCCAAGCAACAGUUGUCUACAUAUUUACCAAACCCUAGCAACAAUUGUCUACACAUUUACCAAACCCUAGCAACAAUUGUCUAUACAUUUACCAAACCCUAGCAACAGUUGUCUACAUAUUUACCAACCCAAAUCAACAGUUGUCUACAUAUUUACCAACCCCAAUCAACAAUUGUCUACAUAUUUACCAACCCCAAGCAACAGUUGUCUACAUAUUUACCAAACCCUAGCAACAAUUGUCUACACAUUUACCAAACCUAGCAACAAUUGUCUACACAUUUACCAUCCCCUAGCAACAAUUGUCUACACAUUUACCAACUCCUAGCAACAAUUGUCUACACAUUUACCAAACCCUAGCAACAAUUGUCUACACAUUUACCAAACCCUAGCAACGGUUGUCUACAUAUUUACCAACCCCAAUCAACAGUUGUCUACAUAUUUACCAACCCCAAUCAACAAUUGUCUACAUAUUUACCAAACCCAAUCAACAAUUGUCUACAUAUUUAUCAACCCCAAGCAACAGUUGUCUACAUAUUUACCAAACCCUAGCAACAAUUGUCUACACAUUUACCAAACCCUAGCAACAAUUGUCUAUACAUUUACCAAACCCUAGCAACAGUUGUCUACAUAUUUACCAACCCAAAUCAACAGUUGUCUACAUAUUUACCAACCCCAAUCAACAAUUGUCUACAUAUUUACCAACCCCAAGCAACAGUUGUCUACAUAUUUACCAAACCCUAGCAACAAUUGUCUACACAUUUACCAAACCCUAGCAACAGUUGUCUAUAUAUUUACCAACCCCAAUCAACAAUUGUCUACAUAUUUACCAACCCCAAGCAACAGUUGUCUACAUAUUUACCAACCCCAAUCAACAGUUGUCUACAUAUUUACCAACCCCAAGCAACAAUUGUCUAUUGUCUACAUAUUUACCAACCCCAAUCAACAGUUGUCUACAUAUUUACCAACCCCAAUCAACAAUUGUCUACAUAUUUACCAACCACAAGCAACAGUUGCCUUUAUAUUUAUUUACUGCUAGCAACUAUAUCUUUAUUUUCCUAACCCCUAGUGAUGAUAAUUGAUAUCUACCUCAUUAAUCAAAUAUAAUUAAUUUAUUGUUCCUUAACAAUUUUGUACUUUAAAUGGUAGAUGUCCAAAACUACUUGUAUAAUAAAGCCAUACAUGUGUAAAACUGGUUCAGAUCCCAUGUACACUGUAUUUUUACAUCAAACAACUCUAUAUGCUUGUAUAUGUCUUCAGGGCUUCUAGAAUUUUUAUAAAAUCCACUAGCCAUGGAAUCAGUAAUUUUACAAAUUUACUAGCCAAGAUUAAAAAUUCACUAGCCCUACUUU